CCCGCCCCGCCGCCCGCGCGCCGGAGUUCCCACGCCGCCGGUCCCCGCGUGCCCAGCCAGCCCCGCCGGCCCAGGCCCGUGGCGAACAUGGCGCUUGUCCCCUGUCAGGUGCUGCGGGUGGCCAUCCUGCUGUCCUACUGCUCCAUCCUGUGCAACUACAAGGCCAUCGAAAUGCCCUCGCACAAGACCUACGGCGGGAGCUGGAAAUUCCUGACGUUCAUUGAUCUGGUUCUCCAGGCUGUCUUCUUUGGCAUUUGUGUGCUGACUGAUCUUUCUAGUCUUCUGACCAGAGGAAGUGGGAACCAAGAGCAAGAGAGGCAGCUCAAGAAACUCAUCUCUCUCCGGGACUGGAUGUUAGCCGUGUUGGCCUUUCCUGUUGGGGUUUUUGUUGUAGCAGUGUUCUGGAUCAUUUAUGCCUAUGACAGAGAGAUGAUCUAUCCGAAGUUGCUUGAUAAUUUUAUCCCAGGAUGGCUGAAUCAUGGAAUGCACACAACGGUGUUGCCCUUUAUAUUAAUCGAAAUGAGGACAUCUCACCAUGCAUAUCCCAGCAGGAGCAGUGGGCUUGCUGCCAUAUCUACCUUCUCUGUGGGCUAUAUAUUAUGGGUGUGUUGGGUGCAUCAUGUCACCGGGAUGUGGGUGUACCCUUUCCUGGAACACAUUGGCCAGGGAGCCAGAAUCAUCUUCUUUGGGUCCACAACCAUCUUAAUGAACUUUUUGUACCUCCUGGGAGAAGUUCUGAACAACUAUAUCUGGGACACAGAGAGAAAGCCUCCAUCUUUGCAAAGCACAUAAUGUUAUCCAAGCUGUGCAAAACCUGCCCAAACUGUCCGCAUGGAAGAAGAAAAAGAGAAGCCUAAAUUGGAAUGAAAUGCCAGUGUACAAGGAAGAGACAGAUUCAACCAACAUUGAGGAUUUAUACCACCCUGCACAUUGGCAGUGCAGAAGAACCCAGCGAUGGUGGCCUCGACCCCCCGGCCCCAGGACGAAGUUUGCUUUUAUAAUGAAACAUAUACAAGAAUACAGGCAUUUCCAAAAGAACUUGCCCUCAUGUCCUUUAUCGACUUCCUUCCA